GUGGCCGUCAUACUGGCAACACUGCCACCAGUGGCAUGGCCGGCAAAGAUGCAAAAGGCAAGCUGGUGCGACGCCUGAGCUCUCGCAGCCACCAGGACUUUUUCUUCGGCCUUGCACCGGCUGCUCGCCAGGCUGCCAGCGCAACCAUCCCGGCACACCACACACCCUCAACAUCAUCACCAUCGCGUGCUGCACUCGCCCUGGCUCUUUCGGAGGCAAGCUCUGCCUCCGGGAGCACAGCACAGGGCAGCACCGCCACACUUACACAACAACAACAACAACAACAACAACAACAACAACAACAACAACAACAACAACAACAACAACAACAACAACAACAACAACAACAACAACAACAACAACAACAACAACAACAACCUACUUUGCUUGCAAGCACGGACAACAGUCAAGAUGGUAGCGCAAAGGCAGACAACAACAACGACCCCAGCCACAACAUUGACACCGUUGCGGAAAGCAGUUCAGUGGAGCUAAAGAACCAGCACGAAGAAGAACAGGCCGCCCAGCACAGCGCGUCGCAGACACACCAUGAAGCUCCUUCAGAUGCUACGCCGAUCACACUGAGCGACUUUCAGGACCAAGAGGCGGCAGGCGAGGCCGAGUUUGUGGCGCUCAAGCCUUUGCCGUUGGAGGUGGGCAAGCGAACCUGGUCCAAGCGCGUCAAGGGUGGCCAUCCGCGACACCAACAGCAGCAACAGCGGCAACAGCAGCAACAGCAACACAAAAGCGCGGCCGCCAUCCCAGAAGAAGCCCAGCUCGGCGCAGGUGCCCUUGGCGGUGAAGAUUUACAUUCACAACAACACCGGCAACCACAUGAGGCGUCUGCCAAUGCAGCCACAUCAAAGAGCACACGCAACAGUUCCCUGCAGGAUGCUGCAGAUGAUGAGACAGAGUGGAUGACAAGCGCCGUGGCGAAGUACGAGCUCUCCGAGCAGGCACUCGCCCUCCUCGCUGCAACGAAGCCCACACGCCGCCACGUAAUGUAUGUCGUUGCGUGGAGCCUGUGCGAUGACCUCGCCACUUCACAGGCCUACAAUCCCGCCAACCUCUUGACGGAUUCAUACGGCGACUGCUCGGAGUGUGUCUGGAUCAUGAAGACGGGUGCGACUGGCCCGGGCCUUGUCCUUGACCUCCGCAGCGCCACCUCGGUGUCUGCCAUCUCCUUCUCCAACACGGGCAGCAACGACUCGCUCACAGAGCGCGGAAGCCGCACCGUGACGGCGUAUGCACUCCUCAAGCCGUCCCUUACACAGCAGCAGCAACACCAGCACCGGCAAGGCAGGCUGUCGCGUCGCACGAAGCGGGGGCGCAAGAACCGAGCUUCAAACCUUGAGGACAUUGACGAAGAUGAUGGGGAGGACGAAGAGAAUGAAGAAGGCAAUGAUGACGCUGACGCGGAUGACGACGAGACUGAAGAGGGUGCUGAUGCCAGUGGUGGCGGGGGCGUGCUUGCAAGCACCAAGAACGGGGUCAAGAACACAAAUGUGGACAAGCAGAGGGAUAGAGAGCGAAGAAGAUCGAAGAAGAAGAUCAAGAAGAAGAAGAAGCAGCAGCAGCAAAAGGAGAAGAAGGCGCUAGAGAAGAGAAAGAAGAGCAGGCGCCUGAACGACCAAGGCGACACCGCCGGUUCUGUCAACAGCAAUAGCAAGCGCCUGUCAGCAGAAGAGCUGGAAAAGAGCGUGGAGACGCGCACGCGUGUGUUUGGUGAUUACAGCCCAAGCGAGCUGCAGUCCCUUAACUGGUAUGAGCUCGGCUCCCUGGUCCUGGAUAGCGUGCGUGGUGCGACCCUGGGCGAGCGGCAGCGGCGUGCUGCAGGUGGCGACGUUCUUCCGCAGCAAACGCUGACGUUCCCUGCCACCCCCGCGCGGUACAUCAUGCUCUGCUUCAACGACUAUCGAGGGCGUGGUGCUGGCCUGGGUCGCGCCAUCGUGCAUCCCGCCACGGAGGACGCCCACGCCGAUGCGCCCACGCGCUUGUCAGCGGCGAGGCUGGACACCCUACAGAGCGCCAUUGGGCUCGACACGUUCCUGGCGCAGGUGGCGCAGUACAUCCGCCACCAGAUGGGGCUGACCCUUGGCGGGCAGGCGUUCUUGCGCGCGCUGUGGGCGCUGCGGCUGCAGUUUGCUUCCAGUCUGCACGGGCUUCUCUGCACCGGGUGCACUGCGAUGACGCACAUGAAAACAGCCAAGGACAUCAUGGAGGUGUUUGUGCUGCACGUUGACGCAGUCCUCUCCAGCAUGGCGCGUGAGCAACAGCAGCAGCGACAGCCCAUGGCAGCCAGCAACGACAGCAGCAGUGAGGAAAAGAAGAAGCACAAGCACAAGCACAAGCACAAGCACAAACACAAACACAAACACAAACACAAACACAGCGAGCAGAGGUCAAACGACUGGAAGCGCAGCAAGAGCAGCACCAAGGGCAAGACCAAAGAGACGAAAGCGGAAGGGAAGCAUGAGACCUCAGAGACAGACCAAAUAGAAAUAGAAGAACAGCAAAGACAAGAACAAGCACAGCAAGACGACGACGGGCAGGAAAAGAACAGCAGCAGCAACAACAACAACAGCAGCACAAGUAACAACAACAGCAGGAGUAGUGCAGAAAAACAGCACCAGCAACAACAGCAACGCGACAGCACUCAUGAUGGUGGUAGUGAUGAGUGCGAUGGGACCGACAGUGAUGACGCGAUGGGUGACGCGGAUGUGGACGUGGAGGAGUGGCAGAAACAGGUUCGCUACCACUGCCUGUCGCUGUUUCGCACGGUGAUUCUGCGCUAUGCGGGCUUCAACCUCGGCACAUCGUCAGCAGCAUGGCAGGGCAUGAUUACGGCUGGUGGUAGCGUUGCCUUUCGUGAUCGCGACACGCGCAAGCAAUCGAAGCGGUUCCCGAAGCAGUUUGAGGCGCUGCUUGCGAACGAGGACGGCGGCCUCAACAGCAGCCAAGCACAGGAUGGCGGCAAGCAGCAGAGGGGCAGCACCAUCAGCGGAACCAACAGCCACAGCCGCGGCAGUAGCGGAAGGCGUGCAUCCACCACCAGCACAACAGCACAUGAUAAAGGUGGCAGUGCCAGCAGCGCGGCAAAGCGGGGCACCACCAACAGUACAACCACCGUGCUUUUCCCUGCGGUGUUGUUUGCUCCACCGCGUGACAGGCGACCGCGGCACCAGCACCCGCCUGUGCUGAUCCAACACAAGCACAUCCUGCUGCUGACAGACUUUGACGAGAUGGACGUGUGCCUUGUUUGUGGCGCUGCCAUUUGGUUGCUGGAACCAGGCUACACCUGCCGCUGCUGCAAGCAAGCCGUCCACCCCACAUGCGUGCCGCGUAUUCAAGGCACAUGUGCAGGCAACACGCUGCUCUCCCACCACUUUCUCGCGCGGAAGGAGCACCGGUGCUGCCGCAUGACAGCAACGUGUCCGCGCUGCCGCCUCUCACACGCGCGCGCACAGCGCCUCGUGGCACAGCUGUCCGUGCCGUGCGCGCCAGCCAGGAACGACGGCAACGGCAACGGCAACGGAGAUGACGAUGGUGAUGACGAUGCCGACGAUCUCGAUACAACCAUCACACCAGAACAGCCACAUCCCCAAACACACAUUCAAACACACGCGCGUGCUCGCAUGCACACGCCCGCACGUCAGAGCGCGCCGUCGUCGGGAUUAUGGCUGUCCUCAUCUAUGUCAUCGUCAUCAGCAUCAUCAUCACCGUCAUUGCCGCAACACCGCCGACACCACCUGGCAUCUGAGGCUGAGGCCGAGUUGGUGGCCCAGCAAUCACUGCUGGACGCAACAACGCAAGCCCUGCAGCACAUGGAGGGUCUGCACUACUUCAAGGAUGCCCCGUGGAAGGGCCCACUGGGCUUUGCGCCAGCCCUGUUGUUGCGACAGGAGCCCCAGUCCACAGUGUGGGGUGGCCGUGUCCCCUAUCUUGUUGUUGUCUGCUGUCAACGUCUUCUUGAGUCCACCACGGCCAUCGUCACCCCCUUUCUGCAAGACAUUCCUCGCACAGACCAGGACGUGUAUGACCGGUUUCGGACACGCGUGUGUGACGGCAACACGGCACUCAUUGCCGACCAGACCACCCCCAUCCACUUUGUUGCGCAUCUCCUCCUGGAGUACAUUCUCUGCCUGAAGGAUCCCCUCGUCCUGCUGCCAUCUUCGUGCAUCCAGCACCAGCCAUCAUCGCACGCCGUCGAUUCCACACGCACUGGCUCCGAUGUGUCGGUUGCCACCUCCACUGCCGCCUCAGCUACACCCACACACCGCAUGCCGCAGCACCAGCACCACCAGCCCAAUCCCAUGCUGUUGAGGGCACUGUCUCCAAACCCAAAACAUGCGGCCUCAGUUGCCAAGGACAUGCCAGGUGGCCACAGCAGCAACGCCAGCGGCCCCGACGAUGGCAGCAGCACAGGUGUAGCAGAGAGCACGACACCAACGGCUGCACAAGCACCACAAGGAGCCAGAACAGACACAGAACCAUCUGAGGCAGUGCCAGCAGCGUCGCCAGCAAUGCACGCGGCACCUGCUCGUCAAGGACGCCGCCAUGCGUCGCUCGUGCGGCAGGCGACCAGUUCCCCCCAACACAUGCCGGCAUCUGCAUACGAUGUUGCGUUCUUCCGGCCACAACCGCCACCCGACAGCAGUGCAGCCGCAAGCACUGCCACAUCGCGUGCGUCGUCGCGUGCGUUCUCCGCAUGCACAACAGCGACCAUGGCCAGCGGAAUGGGCGGACGCGAGCAUGAUCAGGAGGAGCUGUGCCGCCGCUGCCUCUGCUACUCCUGCCUCACGCGCACAUACAGCCAAGAUGGCGAGUGCUCCCCAUAUCAGGUGCAGGGCGCGCUCUUCAACAACACCGAGCACCCAAACCACGACCUUGUGUCGGCCAUCAUGCAGACAGUGGCGUGGAGUGAGGUCGGCCGCAGCCUUGCCUUGUGGGUCCGGCGAGAGCAAAAGCGUAGCCGCAGCAAGCACCGCAACAGAGGCAACAUCGACAUGAACAAGCAGCACAAGCACGGCAGCUUUCGUCCCCCGGCGACACACACUGGUGCCAGCACCAGCACCAACACCACAGCCAGCAGUGCCCGGUACAGUCACAGCAGCAGCAACAGCAACGGGAGCGCGUUUGUGCCUCCACCGUCUGCACCACCUGCGGGCGGUGACUCUGAUGCAAACACGUACCAGCUAGGUGAUGGGCUGCAUGCGCUUGCUCUGCAGCUUGGGCCGUGGCUGAUCCGAACAAAGGCAACAGAAGACACGGUGUUCCAGCCAGCCAUGUGUGCCGUCGCAUGCCAUCUCUUUGAGACAGGCGUGCAGACGCUGAUUGCCAAGUACCUACAAACGCUGUCCGACAUUCACGUCAUGAUGGUGGCGCACGACGUCCUGGUGGAAGCGCAGCUGCGCUUGCACUCGCAGGGCGAUGAUACGGGCACCACCGACGCCAACGCAGGUGACGACGGAACAUCAGUGUCAGCAUCAGCAUCAGCACGGAAACCAACCGAAAGCGCGGCACCAACAAUACAAACACCAACACCAACACCAACACCAACACCAACACCAACACCAACACCAACACCAACAGCAGCAGCAGGGUUCAGCGAGCAAGAUGGCAUGGCGUGGGACACCCGAGACAUCUUCGGAGGCGCUGCCCAUGCCAACGAACAGCAGCCGCUCUCCUUGGCAGAGCAAGUGAGGCUCAUCCUUGGUGGUGCCCGUGCCGGUGCCAGCGAGGCUGAUGGCGACAAAACCAAUGGCCGCAGCAGCGGUGGAACAAAUGCUGGUGCGAGCGCGAGUGCUGCCAGUGACAUGGCAACAGACGUUCUUCUGCACCAUCGCCAACAGCAGCAGCAACAACAAGGACAACGACGGCGUGAAUAUCUCGCACAGCAACCAGGCCGAAGCCAGCUGUGGUCUGAUAUGACCAAGGAUGACGCGCACGGUGACACGUUGGCCUCGCUGUACAUCAAGCAGGAGCUGUUGCCGCGUCUGGGCUCGUGGUCGUUGCCUGUGGAGCAGCGGUGCGUGCGGGAGGUUCGCGCGGUGCUGAUGGGUGCUGGGAGAAUGCCAGCGGCGCCUACAGAUGACGUGACGGAACAGGUGGCUUCACUGUCGGUGUUCAAGGACUGCCUUCGCUUCCCAGCGCGUGCAGUUGUGCAGCGCCUUGCCCCUCUCAUCCCCGCAGACAUGACUCGCUCCGUUGCCGUUCCAACGAGCGCGCCGUCUCCGGCAUCGUCGUCAGCCAGCAGCACGCGCCGGUCGUCUCGUCGCGGGAUGAGCUGGCGCAGCAAACGCAGCAGCGACAGCAAAGUCAACAGUGGCAGCAAGGUCAACAGCGGCAGCAGCAGUAACCGCACCACGACCAGCACCACGACCGGCCACAGCAGCGGUGCUUCAGCAGCCCAGCAGUCGGAAGGCGCACGCGCGACAGCAGCUCUCACACAGCUGCCUGAAGACACAUCCACAACACCCACCGACUCAACUGGUGUUGCUGUUCGUGGUGAGCGUGGCAGAAAUGCCAGUUAUCGUUCUCGUCGCCCUUUCUAUGUUGGCCACAGCGGCAGUGACGACGAGAGCAACACGAAGGACGCUGACGACACAGGAGGUGGUCGCGGUGGUGGAGCAGGAAGAGAGGGUGAUGAUGGUGAAGAAAGACAUGACUCUGGCGGCAGCCGUGGGGUCGAUGCAGAGGGCACAGCUCGCCAUCAUUCGCACCGCCAGUCCUUCGCUGGUCGGUUUCGCGACGGCAUUCGGCGCCGCAUGUCCAGGCGGCAUUCCAUCGCCUUUGGGGAGAAGCCGGCACAGGGUGGCACAGGCGGCAAAGGCGGUGUUGCACCGCUGUACUCGCAGCAAUCGGCACCGGUGGGGCUGUCGGCAGCGCCGUCAGUUUCCUCCAUUGCGACCUCGUCGACAAUCAGCGGCAAUGACGUGGAGGCGAGUGGCGCGGAGAAGGCAUGGCUCGCGCGGUUUGUGCAGCACACCAACACGCGCAGGCGCGCACGUGCAGAGGAGGACGUGUUGUCGCUGAUGAUUGAGGCCCUGAAUACGCUGGAGGCGAAGCUCGGCAGCAGCGUUGACGGGGGCCAAGGAGGGGCAGAUGUCACGCUGUGCGUUGGCACGGGCGGUGGAGAUGAGCGCCUGCCUGACCCACGCCACGCACUCCGCUCUGCGUGGCAUUACGCGCAGGAGCAAACAUAUGACCUGCGUGGGAGCCCACUUUCCCUGUCGGCGACGCCCACGGCCAAAUCUCCGCUAUCGCCCCGUUCCCCUCGGUCACCGCCCACUUCCUUCUCAUCAGCAUCGGGAACGCCGCACCGCUCAACAGCAGCAGCAACAGAAGCGCUGCAUCAUACCUCGCCCGACACUCCUGGCGCACUGGCCACGCCCCCGCGAAGGAAAGACGGCAGUGGUAGUGGUGGUGGUGGAAACCGUUUGGCAGUGCUGGAUUUUGGAAUUGCACAGGCAAUGCAGCGUGCAACAGGACAAGAGCUGAAGAGCCCUCCACGCUGGAAGAAACAACAACAACAACCACAGCAACAACCACAGCAACAACGCCAACAACAACAACGCCAACAACAACAACAACAACAACAACAACAACAACAACAACAACAACAACAACAACAACAACAACAACAACAACAACAAGUGGAGUCGUUUGAUGAAGAGCGCGCAUGGACAGAUGCGGUGCAGAGUAACGUCGUGAUGUCACCUCCGCGGCAACCAGCGCCUUCUGCACCAUCGACAUCACAUCAGCCAGACACCACCAGCACCACCCAACAGAGCCCCCGCCCCAUCAUGCGCCGUGUGGGCAGCGCUGCAGCUGUAGCUGGCCGCGUCAAGACAUCAUCGCCACUCGUGCGAUCAAGCACCUCAUCCCCGCACCUGCUGCGCUCACCGCGCCCGCAACCCGUCGGUCGAACGCCAACAGCAUCGAGUCCCGGUCACGGCAGUGGUGGCAGGGAGCGUGGUGCUGUGGUUGGACGCUCAUCCCUGGAAGAAGUGUGGCGCCGUAUUCGCAUGUCAACGCCCUCCCCCGUGUCCUCGACAAGCUUUGGAGACGAUCUCUCCAGCAUUGGCCUGUCUCGUGCUUCCACAGAGACGUCCUUGUCCUUGCGCCAUGCAUUGAGCGACGCAGAGGAACACCCAGACAGCCGUGGCCGUGGUGGUCCUGGCGGCAACGAUGCACGCUUUGAGCCCGCGCGCGCGCUCUUGUGCCGACUGCAGCUGAUAUGGCUGCGCAGUGUUCUCGACACCGUCAACCGUCUUCAGCUUGCGCGGGAGGUUGAGGACAUAUUCGUGCCGGUCCCCGCAGAUCGCGCACCCACAGCCACCACGCGCAGCUCCUCUGCAUGGUCGCACGACUUGCCUGCGGUGGAGUUUGGCAACGUGGUCACGACCGGUGGCAUUGACUUCUUGUACGCCGACAUUGACGCCCCGCUCGCAAUGCCUGUUGCCACAUACACGCGCCGGCUCAGCAUGCGCCGACGUAUCGCAUUGCACUCGCGCGAUGACGGGCUGGAUCCCUCCACUGCUUCGGCAGCACCAUCGGCAGCCCCGAACAUUCAUCACCAACAGCAGCAGCACCCAGAGGUGAGGCCUGACACAGACCACGCACAUGAGCAACACGGCGAGGGAAGCACGGUGCUGUCUGCGUUUGUGCGCGUGAACCAACCCAGUCGCUCAUCCACGCGACGCAAGAGUGGUCGCAGCCAACGCCAACACGAGGGCGGUGCAGCCGGCGCAGAAAAACGGGCAACAGGUGCUGCAAGGCGCCCGCGGCGUGCGAGCUAUCGCGUUGCAACAACAGUGAUGACAGCGGACACGCAGGACGCGCAGCCGCUCGACGACUCCGUUUCCAGCACGAAUACGCGCCAGGACAACGCACGCUUCGGUGGUGGUGGUGGCGGUGGCGGUGGCGGUGGUGGUGGUGGUGGUGGUGGUGGGGAAUCACGCAGGGUGCGGUCACGGUCCCACAUUGGCCGUGGCAGCUGGCUCAUUGCAUCACCAUCAUCCUCAGCAACGUGGUUGCCACGACACGAGCAACAGCGCAUGAGUUGGCACGCUGGUCUGCAAGACCAGGGCCAGUCCCAGCAGCGACAAUUGCAUCAUCAUCAUCAGCAGCACCGUGCGCACCACCGCCAGGCGCAGCUGUGGGGUGGGGCUCUAAGCGCUUCCUCCUCGCAGCCGCCUGCAGAUUUGAGCGGCGGUGGUGAUGAUUAUGGCACCGUGACCAGCGACGCCACGCCAAGCGCGGGGCAUUUACAUCACCACCCUUCGAGCGCGAUGGAAGGCCUCGCCCACGUGCGCACAGCACGGGCGAAUGCUGGCUUCACUUACAGUGGAAUGCAGAUUGCGCGGCGGCAAGCACCAACAGCUGCACGCAUGCGUGACCAGCAGCAACAGCACCGCGUCAACGACGAGCAGCAGGACCAUGAGCAGCGACACCAGCCGGAGAGGUUGCGGUUCGAGGGCGACUAUGAUGAGUACUUCUCACGGCAGCAACAGCGCGAACGAGGUACCGCGGCCCUUCGCGCAAGCGACAUUGGAGCCGUUGGCGUCGUUGCAGAACAGCAGCGUCACGCGCCGCCAGCAUACUCAACCGCAAUGAUGAUGGGGCAGCAGUGGUCGUCACCUGGGGCUGAAGCAUUGCGAGGUGACGUGCGUUCGACACGUGGAGCGACGACUGCUGCACAUCACCACCAAACGCCACAGUCCAGUUCGGGCCACCAGUACCAAACACUGCACCGUGAAACAGUGCGGACUGGCUUUGCCCACGACGAGAGGGUUGGUGAUCAGGCGAGUGCGGUUCGAGCCAGUGCCCAUCGUCACCAGCACCCACGGCAACAGCGUGGCGGAAGUUUCCAGCACAGGAGACGCGGCGGUGGUGAUGGCAUUGAUCGUUGGCAGCGUGGGUCGAGGCUGUCGUUCAAGUCCACCACAUCCUCGCAUCACGCUGAUGUACUGGACGCUGUGCUGUUGGAACCGUCGCUCGCUGUUGAUGAUACACGCCACCGCCGGCUGCAUCCUGGCGAUAUCAUGAUGGGUCGCGGGCACAUGGAUGACGACCACAACGACGACGACGACGACGACGACGACAACGACGAUGAUGAUGAUGCUAGCGAUUACCACAAUUACUACCACGAUGAUGUGGUGGGUGGCAAUUAUGGCGGCAUCGCGGAUGCUGGUGAGAGUGACGGCAUGAACGUUGGCGGUUACAAGCAGUGGACGCGCACAGUGACACCGAUUGUUGGACGACAGCCACCAACCGCAUCCUUCCGCUCCCGCAACGAGCGCGGAUUUCUGGCACCAACGACACGCAACCCCAUCGGCAGCGGCGGUGACGGCGUUGGUGGUGGUGGUGGUGAUGGUGUGCACACGUCGCAGCAACGUGGCCAGUACCAUGAUGCAAGGGCAGGCGAGCAGGGUGUGUCCUUGACAGGUGUGCGCGGUCAACAACACGAAGGCCAGGCACCAGCAGCGGAGAGCACAACACGGUUGGCACCGCAGCACCGGGCGCCGGAAGUUACGAAUUGGACACUCCGUCGGCGGCAGUCGCUACGAGCCAGUGACGUCGUCAAGACCAUCGCAACCGAUGAACUUGGACAGACUUUCAUCUAAGUCGUUUGUAUUGUAUUAUGAGUGUUUGUGUGUUUGUGUGCGUGCGUGCGUGCGUGCGUGUGUGUGCGUGUGUGUGUUUGU